ACAGCCCAACUUAUCCCUUCUCUUCUGACCAUUCUAGCUUUGUUUUGUAAUACCCAAUAGCCAUGGCCAAUAAGUCACCGUUAGAAAUGAAACCCAUUGAGAUCAAGAAUAAUUUUUUUCCCGACCCUCCUCCUACUCCUACUCCGAUUAAUCUUGAUGUUGCCUCUCUUUUUGCUAUGGUCACAAACAUUCUCAGCCCUGCUACCAAUGUUGUUGACAAUAUUUUUCAGGGUACCAAACAACCACACAUGGUGAUCAAGGGUGAAAGAGCCAUCGCAUCAGACUUCAAUCCACCAUUAUGUAAACUCAAGGAACUUUCCUGCAUGAUGGCAUGCAAUGAGGAUCUGAGAGAGGAAACCCUUACAGAAAGAAUGAAGUCAAUAAUAGGAAAACUCCAAGGAUAUUCAUGGCAUGCGCAGGCAGUAUUGACACUUGCGGCUUUUGCUUCGGAUUAUGGAGAUUUCUGCAGGCAUCUUGACCAGUUGCACUCAUCAGACCAUCUCACCAAGCCAGUUGGGAUCAUGAAGCAGAUUCCUGUUCUCCGAACACAGCCAAAAAUUGAUGAUAAACAAAAGGAUGCUAUUCUUAAACUUAACAAACUGAUCAAGAAGACAAUCAAUUUCAUUGAUUGCAUUGUUAUGUUGGGGCAUCUAUCUAUUAAGCACGGUGAUCAGAAGACUCAGGAUGAAUCAAAAUCGUCAACAGACAACAUCUCAUUUUACAUUUUUUGGGCUAUCAUAACUGUUGUAGCUUGCAAUACUUGGAUGAGUUGUCUCAAUAAAGAUGAGAGUGAAAUUGAGGAAUUUUCGCGUUAUGCUGAUAAAGUUGCCGAUAAAAUUGCUGACGCCCUUGUCGAACUAAAAAUUGACAUACAGAGAGCGGAAGCAGAGGCUUAUAGGAAGCUCACAAAAUUCUUAAAAGAGCCGCGUUGUAUUGUGGAGGUCUUGAAUAAGCUAAUUAACGCCGAGGACAACAAGCAACCAGUCAAAGUUUUUAACAGCGACACGAUCCCCAUCAAUAUGGAAGUGGUGAAAACAAAGAAUGUCUUGCUGUUCUUUUCGGGUUUGGACAUCUCAGAAUAUGUUUCUAUUCUCAAACCCAUUUAUAAAGAAAUGAAGAAUGAGUUUAAAAUUAUGUGGAUCCCAAUUGUUGAGCCCUGGACCAAUGACACGCAAAAGAAGUUUGAUAUUCAGCGUGAUGAUAUGCCUUGGUAUGUAGUGCAACAAUUUUCAUCAAUAUCAAGCAUCAAGUACGUUAAGGAGCAAUGGCAAUUCAAGAAUGAGCCUAUCAUCGUGGUGUUGAAUCCACAAGGGAGAGUGGAACACCAUAAUGCACUCCACAUGAUUAUGACAUGGGGGAUAAGGGCCAUCCCGUUCACUCGUAGUAAAGAAAACGAACUUACUCGUUGCAAAGAAGACAAUCUACGCAAUGGAGAUGACUGGUUUGGAUCUUUAAUGAUUGAAAUUUGUCCUGACAGCAUGUUACAAACUUGGAUCAAAGAUCAGAAGUGCAUUUUCAUUUAUGGAGGCAACGAUGAGAGCUGGAGCAAAGAAUUUCAUGAGAAAGCCACAAAGGUGAAAAAUGAAAGCAGUGCAAGGACUUCCAUAGAGUUGUUUUGUGUGGGAAAGGAUGGUAAAGGGAAGGAUGAGCUUGACAAUUUCUGGAAGCUCAUAACCAACUUUUUAUUCGCCAAGUUUCACAAGGAUACUGAAUUGGACUCAGGGACAAAGGAAUGCCUAAAGUUGCUUUCCUACAGAAAUGAGAUAGAGAAACGAUGGGUUGUGCUGUGCAAAGGUUCUAAAUUGAUGUUCAGUGGUUUUGGGACAACAGUUCUGAAAGUCUUGGGGCAGUUUGAUGAAUGGAAGCAGUUUCGUGGAGACGCUGAAUUUGUAAAACAUCUCGUGACACGCUAUGACAAAAAACUUCGUGAAGAUGGUAUUUUCCGCAACUUUGAGACCCCAAAGAAUGAUGGAUUGAUCACAGAUUAUAUAAAAUGCCUUGACUGUUCCAAGACCAUGGAUACGACGUGCUUCAGGCUCAAAUGCUGCUGCCACCAAAACCAUGGUUAGGAGAGAGUAUCUCCUGUAUUGCUCAUACGGCAUGUCUCUCUCACACCAUGUGGGUCUAAUAACUAAAUAAAUGCCGAUACUAUAAGAUAAUUAUUGUUGUACCAGAUAAUUGUGUGCGUGUUUAAAAGUUUGUUAUCAGUGCUAAAGUUUAAUUAUGCAAUGAGUGCUACAAUAAAGGGCAUCUUGAUUACGCUGGUGAUCUGAUGCUAAGGUGUUAUGGAUUGUAUCUCUGUACUGUAAUGGAUUAAUGUUUAUG